AGAACAGACAGUCGUGCCAGAGCAGGAGCUGCGGUUAGUUCACCUCUCUGACGCUCCUUGCACAUCAACAAAGAAACAUUAUUAGUAGGUUUUUUUAUUUCUUCUUCCUUGCGCCUAGCACUAAGUAGGACCAGAGUUUCCAUUUUGGAUAGGGGGUGCUGCAAACACACGCACCCACACUUCUCCAAGCCGCGACAACUCAAGGUGAAUGCCGUCAUGCCAUUUGGGUGCCUUGCCCUGCGAGAUGGGCGGACUUACGACAGCAUGUCUGAUGUCACAGACAAAUAUGAGAUUGGACAGGUCCUCCGAGCGAAGGAGUUCUGCGAACUGUGCCUGGCUAAGGACAGACAGACAGACAAGGUGUUUGUCUGCAAGAAAUUCCUCAAGAAGGACGGCAGGAAAGUCCGCAAGGCUGCCAAGAACGAAAUCAUGAUCCUGAAAUUGGUCAACCAUCCAAACAUCCUUCAGCUGAUAGACACAUUCGAGACCCGGAAAGAAUACUUCAUCAUCCAGGAACUUGCCACGGGGGGAGACGUAUUUGACUGGAUUCUGGACCAAGGGAAUUACACAGAGAGAGACGCAUCCAAUGUCAUCAGACAGGUCCUUGAGGCUGUGGCGUACUUACACUCCCUCAACAUAGUUCACAGGAACCUGAAGCUGGAAAACCUGAUGUACUACACAGAAAACAACCACAACAAAGUAGUUCUGCGAGAUUUCUACCUGUCCAGGUUUGAGAAUGGACCAAUCACGGAGCCAUGUGGAACACCAGAGUACCUGGCUCCUGAAGUGGUGGCUCGUCACCGAUAUGGUCGUCCUGUGGACUGCUGGGCUGUGGGUGUCAUUAUGUUCAUACUUUUAUCAGGUAAUCCACCUUUUUAUGAUGAGACAGAAGAGGAAAACACAGAUCUUCAUAAUCGCAUCAUAUUCUGUCGCAUUGUUGCUGGUGACUUUGAGUUUGAUUCUCCGUACUGGGAUGACAUUUCACCUGCAGCUAAGGAGCUUGUCUGUCGACUUAUGGAGGUAGACCAGAUGCUGAGAAUUACCGCACAGGAUGCACUUUGGCACGAAUGGAUUGCAGGGAAUGGUGCAUCAGAGAAGAACCUAAAGGAUGGUGUGUGUGCCCAGUUUGAGAAGAACUUUGCAAAGGCCAAAUGGCGGAAAGCAAUCCGUGUCGCCACCUUCAUGCAACGAUUGAAGAAUCCAGAGGCACUAAUUGAAAGUUCAGCCGAGCCGCAGGGCAGUGAGGAUGCAGGAGAUGGUGAAGGGGGUGUGUCCCAGGGGACAAGUGAUGAGGGAGACAAAGGGACAAGUGAUGGAGGGGUGACAUCAAGUAGUGUCUCUUUAGAAGUUACUGUUGAAAAUACACCGGUGGAUAUGGACCAGGAUGAGGAGAGGAGGAAGGUUGGAGAAAACCAGGAUGAAGUAAAGAUGAGCGUAGGCCCAUCAGUAGGGAUUUCCCCAUCAGAUAUUCAGACACCUCUCUGUCAGCAGGGCCAAUCAAAUGCAGCCCCCACAUUCACGCAGGAGGGACCUGAUAAGGUUGGUGCAAAGAAAGCAGCAGGUGAUGGAACCAGGAAAAUGGCUGCAAACUUGGGUCAAAAUAAGGUGGUUCCAGAAUCCAAACCGACUCCUGUGAUGACGCCUGACCCCUGCAAGCUGUCGGACAGUUCUUCAGGCACUCCCCUUGACAAAAAACGCACAUCUGCUUCCCCUGAACCCAGCAGUAAACGUAAGAUGGCUGCAACGCUCCAUGGCCCUCAACCUGCAGCUUCUGGUGCUGCAGCAGCCUCACCGGAGAAAAGGCCAGCCACGCAGAGGGAGCAGAAGGAUGAGACUGACGGAAGUUGGUGUCAGACACAAGUACCUGAGGCAGUGGCAGUCACUCCAGCAAUGGGGCCUGUGGUUGGGGCAGAUGUAGGACUAGGAGUUAGGUUAAGAGGUGAUGCUAGCCCCAUGAGUAGAAGGGAUAGAGAUGCCAGGACAACAGACAGAUACAGCGCUGAGUUGAGCAUAGCAAGGCCAGGUCCUGCAACAGGACAGGGUUGUUAUGCAGUAGGCAGCUCCGCAAGUUUGGGCCGUCAUGCCACACCAUACACCCCAGAUGUUGGGCCUGUAGGUAUGGGGAUGGCAGCGAGCUAUGGGAGUCCAUACAGUUCCCUGUACACGAGUGGAGGAAGCGUGGGGAUGUACGGGACGGGGCUACCGCAUGGAGGAGGCGGGAGCAGCACGACAAGCGACUGGCAAAUGGACAGUGUGAUCGAGCAGAUAGAAAAGCAAAUGGCCGCCGUGCUGGAGAAGAUUGAGGGAGACAUGCCCUCGCUGCUAGAGCAAAUCAGUGACUGCCCUGCUGAACCACCACGUGCCAGAAGCACACACGCCUCACCUGCCACCUCACGCACACGCUCCUCACAGCACUCCUCAACUGCGACCUCUGCAACUCCUCCGCCCCUUCCAACCUCUCCCAGGCCAGCGCUGCCAUCUCUCCCUCGCCUUACUAUCCCUCCUCCCUCCUAUCCCCCACCCUCCCCACCCACACAGUCCUCCCCCCAGGCUGCAGGAGAGCAGGAAGACAUGGAUGGACAGAGGGAUGCUGCUCGUUUAAGCCAGUCCCCCAGAGCAGGGAUGGGCAGGGGGCUAUGAAGCAGGUGUCCAUGAAUACACAACACCUGGAAGAUUGGAUUUAUAGUUCAAAUUUAAAGGUUUAAAGACUCUGUCUCACUUGGAAGUAUCAUCCACUUACUCCCCAGAACUGUGAAAUGUUGUUUGGUUUGGCUGUGCAUUCAUAAUGAGAAUACUGAUUAGAGAAAAACUCCCUAUGACAUUUAAAUACUGGACUGGAGUAUGCUUUAUCUCUCUGUAUGACAGCUGAAAAGAGAAAGAUCUCAAAAGCUUGUUUGCAUCUUAAAUCCAAAUUGUGCGCAUGAAUGCUUACCACACAACCUCCUUAUACUGGAAUCCAAGCAUUCAGCACAGUGUGCAAAUGUUGAAUCUAUACAAGUAAGAAUAAUUCUCAGCUAAUAGUGGGAGUUAACAGCGAGGUUAUGUUUUACAUUAUUCCCCACAAUCUGUAAAUACAUACAAAGAACUUGGUUCCUUGUUCUGACUCUAUUCCCAUGAUGUAAACUUCCUCAUAUCCAAGCUGACAUUUACUUUUUCCAAAUGAGCUCAUCCAAUUCCAUUAUUUAUUUUUAUUUUCCAUUCCUUUUUAUUUAUGUAGCUAAUAAUUUCUAUAGUGUGGCUGCAAAACCAUGAGCUUGCAGUCACAAAGUUGUACAGACGUUUGUGAAACUGAACUUAUCAAGCCUUUCGAUUGGCUGCUGGAGAUUGAGAUUUGUUUUAUUAUACAGUGUAUUUAAACUUGAAAUUUCA